AUUGAAAUACACUCGACGCAUAUACCAACGGUUCUCAUAAGUCAGUUGACCGUGAGAUUGCGUUCGAGUGUCGUGUGGUUCAGUAAAUUAAAAGCCUUUUGAUGAUAUUGCAUGAGGAUUUUUACGACAUGCCUCCUGUUAAACACGGGAGACGAGGUCCCAGCGAUGCUGACGAUGAAGAUGACGAUUAUAGGAGACGAAGGAAUAGAAAUAAUGAGGCUGUGAAAAAGAGUAGGUUCAAAUCUAAGCAGCGAACCCAAGAAACCUUCACAAGAGUGAACAAGUUAAAACAAGAAAACCAAAUGUUAGAAGAGAAGGUGAAAACAUUGACAAAAGAACUGCAGUUUCUCAAAGAACUGUUCUUGGCUCAUGCAUCUAACACACAAAGCUCAAAGUUUGAGGGUAUUGACCUUCAGAAACUUCUAGAAGACAUCCCAGAUGAUAAGAAGGAUGGUGGCAGCAGCAAAGCUUAGGUUAAGUUGAAGUAGUGAUUAGUACUUGCAACUAUUGCUUCUAUGAAGUAAAUAGUUUUAGGGAUAUUUUAAUCAUCAACACUAUCAUAUUGUUAGGACAGUCUUAUAUAGUGUAAAUUAUGUUCAAAUUGUGUGGAAUAUUACUAUAAAUGGUUGUUCUUCAAGUAUGAAGGAAGUGCAUUUUCUUUAGUAACAACACCUACAUACAUUUAUAUAUUUAUCUACAUAUAGUUGUCUGUAUAUUUAAUAUACGACUUUAAAACUUAAUAUUUAAAGGAUAACAGAAAUGUCCAUUCUUGUAUAAGUUCAAAUUAUGCAUAAAAAAAAAAAUCUAAUUUUGUAAUUUUACCAUUACUAAAAUAAAAUUCUGAAAACACCAUAUGAUGAUUUUGCAGUUACUUACUUCAGUUUCCCUUAAGUUUGUAAUGUUCAUUUUCAUGGUAAAAACCUGUGUUCUUAAACUUUCCUAUUUGAAUUAUUUCCGAAAAGAAUCUUUGAUUUGAGUAUACUUUCAGAUAAAGCAGCCGAAACCUGGGAUCGGUGGUGUUUUGGUAGAAAUGGCACAUACAGUGUUUCCUUUUGGAACAGGCAAUUCUUUGGUAGUAAAUACUGUUGUUAAUAGCAAUAUAAAUUUGAUUAUUUUAAUUAUUACCUAAUUGACAUCACAAUCAAUUGUUAAUAUAUAAUUUUAUAAGGUUAGGAUAAAAAAUAAAACAUUUUGUACCU